AUGGCGUUACGGCUUGCCUUGGGCUGUGUUCACCAACAAGUGGCGAAAGGAAUAUGUAGUUCAAUAGUACGGAGGUCAUACUGCAAUGAAAAAGUCUUCAAAUCUUUACUGUCUGAUACAAGAAUAGCAAGCCCAUUUGCGGACCCUUCAAGAACGGUAAAAUCUCCAAGCACCGCAUAUUUCUCAGUACCGCGAGAAGCCCCUGGGGGCGAUAGCCGAGAGUCACUGAAAGGAACCCAGUCGUCCGUACAAAAUGAUAAGGAGACAGAAGUGAAAGGAAAGUCUGAGAAGUUAUCGGCCAUCGAAGAGCUCAAUCUGUUGAAAGAGGAGUUGGCAAAAACCGCAGCAAAAGCAAGUUCUGGAGGAGGGUCUAAAGGUUCCAGCGACGAGCCUUUUGACGAAGAAGCUGAUAAGGAAAGACGUCGUAAGCGUUUAGAACGCAAUACUCGCAUUGGUGGAGUGAUUGUUUUUGGAAGCGCUGUAGCUGGAUUCGUUGCUUUCUGCUUGUACUAUGGUCGAGCUAAACGCGAUGAGGCUGGGAACAUUGUGCCGGACGAAUGGACAGGAUCUUAUUUGGCACCAUUUUAUCGAAUAGCAAACAGCUUCAGGGUUUGGAGGGAUUUUGUCGUGGAACCAGCUCGAGAACAACUUCUUCCCGAUCCUCUUCCUCAUCCGUAUAUCCAACCAAAAUACACAUUAGUUAUCGAAAUGAAGAAUGUGCUGGUGCACCCAGAUUGGACAUACAAAACUGGAUACCGGUUCGCAAAACGUCCAGCUCUCGAUUACUUCCUUGACGUUGUAGGAUACCCUAAUUUUGAGGUUGUGAUAUACACCAGCGAAUCCAUGAUGACCGCCCAUCCAGUCGUAGAUUCCUUCGAUCCGAAACAACGAAUCAUGUACAGAUUGUAUAGAGAUUGCACAAAAUACAUGCAUGGACAACAUGUCAAGGAUCUGUCAAAAUUGAAUCGUGAUCUUUCGAAAGUUAUUUUCAUUGAUGUUGAUCCUAAAGCAGCUCAAUUGAAUCCUGAAAAUAUAUUACUUGUGCCUGAAUGGAAGGGUAACAUGGACGACACUUCACUUGUAGACCUCGCUGAAUUGUUAAAAACUCUUCACCUUUCUGAUGUGGAAGAUGUCCGACCGACGUUACAGUAUUAUUCUCAGUUCCCAGACCCUGCUAAAGAAUUCCGAAGGAGAGCUAUCUAUUUGGCGGAACAAGAAGAGCAAAAGAGACAUCAACGCGAAGAAGAGGGUCAUUCCUUGCUCAAGAAGUAUUCCGGUCGCUUGUUCGGCUUCAGACGACAUGCUCCCACAUGA